GCACUGACAGUGCUCGUAAUAUGGUUGCUGCCGCGAGACUACUUCCAUUUGAACACCUGCCCUGCACGGCCCACAUUUUGCAACGAACUGUCACAGUUUCCAUUCACGGCAGUGGAUUUGAAAGUGUCCUAGCUAAAUGUCGCAAGAUUGUUGGGCACUUUAAGCAUAGUCCAUCCAACGCUCACGAACUAAUGGAACAGCAAGUUGCAUGUGGACAGAAACAAGAAUCUCUCGUUCAGGACGUUACGACUAGAUGGAAUUCUACCCUAGAGAUGGUCAAGCGAAUUCAGCGAAACAAAUCUCCACUGACCACUACCCUGGCUCAGCAAAAGAGCAAUGUUGCCAUGUUGACUACACAGGAGCUCGCCAAACUGCAAAAGCUGGAGGAACUACUUGAACCUUGCAGAUAUGUAACUGAACUGCUGGGAGGAGAGCAGUACAUCUCCUGCUCAGUGGUAUUGCCAGCCUUGUGCCACUUGUUCAAAAUUAUGGAGUCCACAGAGGAUGAUCCAGCCUAUGUAGUUAAAUUCAAAAAUGAUUUUACUUCAGACCUAUCUAAAAGGAAGGACAGCACUAAUCUCACAUGGCUAAAGAUCGCUACUGCAAUUGACCCAAGGUUUAAAGACCUAAAGUGUCUUCCCAAAGAUGAAAGGAAUGAGGUGUGGGCUUCACUAAGCAAGCUGUUAAUGGCACAGAGUCCUGGAAAACAAGAGUCUAAAAAGACAACAGACCAACAGCCACCAAAGAAGAGAAGGAUCUCCGUCUUGCUGGUUUCUUCUGAUUCAGAGUCAGAUGAAGAGGAAGAGUCCAUAGAACAGUGUCUUAACCGCUACAAAGCAGAGCCCAAAUUGCACAUGGAGGGUUGUCCACUACAGUGGUGGAAAAAGAGAGAAGCAACACAUGCAAGGCUGGCACCAAUAGCAUGCAAGUAUCUGUCAACCCCUGCUACAACGGUGCCUUGUGAGAGACUGUUCUCACUCUCAGGUCACAUCAUUCAAAAGAAAAGGGCCACAUUGUCCCCUGAUAAUGUCAACAGACUGGUCUGUCUCAGCAACUGGCUGAAUGUAAAGGAGGACUAAGCAAAAUAGUUUCUACUUCAUAAUUAAUGUUCUCAACUCUCAGCAAUACAACGUUACAAUGAGUACAAUUGUUUGUAUUCAUUCCUUUAUUAUUAUUAUUUUCCAAUUUCCAUAUUUGCAAUGCCUAUACUUUGGAA